AUGACAAUCACAGUCCUUGCCGAUCAGCCUGCUUUUCAGAGUUUCAUCAAAGGCAAUGGGAUCAAUGUUGUCCAUUUUUCCGCAACUUGGGCUCCAUCUUGCGAAGGCAUGAAUUCCCUUCUCGAAGCUCUUGUGACCGAAUAUAGAGAUGUAAAUAUUGCCACAAUUGAUGCGGAAGGUGUUUCGAAAGUGUCUCUGCAAUACAAAAUUGCCGCUGCUCCCACUGUGCUCUUUUUCAAAGAUAGCAAAGAAGUUGGACGCGUGAACGGCUACAUUCCUGCCGAAAUCCGACAAAAAGUUAUUGAACUUACAACAGGCGUGGUUAUCAUUGAAGCAGGGCCAACUAAUCUAAAUGAGAAGUUAGAAAAGCUUGUUAAAUCUCAUAAACUUAUGAUCUUCAUCAAAGGAACUCCUGAUCAGCCAAGAUGUGGAUUCUCCCGACAAUUAGUGGAAAUGUUCAACUCUCACUCUUUAGACUACGGCUCGUUCGAUAUUCUCUCAGAUGAAGAAGUUCGACAGGGAUUGAAGGAGUUCUCUAACUGGCCAACUUAUCCCCAAGUUUAUCAUAAUGGUGAAUUGCUUGGUGGCUUGGAUGUUAUUAGAGACGAGUUCGCUGAUGCUGAUUUUUUGAAGUCUUUGCCAAAGAAGGGAGAAAGCUCAGGUUCCAGCGAUGUUGAUGCCCGUCUCAAAUCCUUGGUUAAUUCACACAAACUUAUGCUGUUCAUAAAAGGAAAUCCUCAGCAACCUCGUUGUGGUUUCUCUCGACAAACCAUUGAGCUUCUCAAUAAUAUAAAUGCUGUGUACGGAACUUUUGACAUUUUGGAUGAUGAAGAAGUUCGUCAGAACUUGAAAACAUAUUCGAACUGGCCAACUUACCCACAGAUUUAUUUGGACGGAGAACUUAUUGGAGGAUUGGAUGUGCUUAGAGAAGAGCUGAAUGAUAAAGAGUUCGUUGAUAGCUUGCCCAAAAAAGCAUAG